CAUCCAUCCACCCUUUAAACCAUACAAAUCUAUCCCCACAACUCCACACGCUCACUUAUCCUUCUACCUCCCAAUUCACUCCUUUCCGCUGAGCUGGAUCCUACUGCCCACGCAAGCACCAACAGCCACCUGAGCAAUUCCCUCCUUCCCUCUCCCUUUCUUCAUCUCGCAUUUCUUCUGACUCUGAGCUUCUGCUCCUCACACCCACCUCCCCACCAAGCAUUAGUUUUCCCGGUGCUCGCAUCGUCCGCGGAUGCUACUUCCUCUCGUGGGGAAAUAGGUAAAAGAAAGAAGGAAAAGGUAAAAAAAGGGAGGGAAAAUUCGUGUCCCCUUCGUCUACAUACACCUGCAUUUCGCGUCCCCCCACCAUCUACGGGUUUCCCGCUCUCGUGGUUCCAUCAGGCCGGCUCUGUAGUUGACUAGGUCUCUUACCAAUCGCCUCGACUCUGGCUACCCCCAUCCCUCCAUUUCGUCUAUAACAUCCGGUGCCCCCCCCCCCCCCUCCUCGUUCCCGGUCGAGACUCCCGCUCCGCUGGCAGUAGCUACUGCACACUCACGCUUAGCUCACGGCCGUAGCUAGCGCAAUUUUGGUCCCGUUCGCCAUGGGCGAGAUUAGGAGUGAUGGUGGGAGAAAGCUCUCUGUUGUCGAGGUUACCGAGGAACCUGGCACUCAGCACUUUACAGCUGUCAACAAUUCUAACGGGCAUUCAAAUCACCGCUCACAGUUACCGCCGUUGGGGCCAGGACAGGCCCCGAGGGACAUGAAUCCGACUCCGGGCUCUGCGACCUCUACGAUUGAUUCACCGCGAUUUCCAUUGAAAGGAGACGAACAUUGGCAACGAAGCCGUCCCGUGGAUGUAGAUAUGAAUGGGGUACCGCAGAAGCGUAAGAGGUCACCAGAGAUUGAGAAUCAACGGGCCGUCACCCCUACCACGCAAACCACGCAUCACCAUUUGGCUGCUCACGAGGCGGCUUUGGGCGCGGAGGAGCACGGUGGAAUGAAUAAUCACCAACACAAACGUCAACACGCGGAUAUGAACGAGAAGCACGGUGGAAAUUAUGGGGUGGAUGACGAAAAGUUGAAUGACGGUGAAGGCACAAGGGCUGGAGCAUUGGAGGGCUCACCACAACCCGGAUCGCAGCAGGGGCAGGGCAAACGGAAGAGGGUGUUUAGUAAUAGGACUAAGACUGGUUGUAUUACCUGCAGGAGGAGGAAGAAGAAAUGCGAUGAGGGAAAACCUGAAUGUUUGUUCACAAUUCCUCCCUCCUCCCCACACGCCCAUCCCGAUGGUUGUCCAGUGAAUUAUUUCCCUGCAAACCUUGCCCUAUUCCCUGAACGAAGUUUGGUUUAUGUUUGGAUUUUCAACCAUUCGAAUCAUUCAACCAUUUUUAAUCGCUCUUGCUAUAGUAUACGUAUAUGGGACAUACCGUUUUUAACCGAAUGGAACUAACUUUCUAGCAGGCAGCAAUUGCAAACGUGGUGGAUUUGUCUGUGAGGGGUAUUCCGGAAAGAUUAACUGGCAGAAGCCACCCGGCAGGAGUCCUAGCACGGCGGGAGCGCCGGUGAGCAUCCAAUCCAAGACGGAGCAGGUGGGCUCAGCCUCCGCUUCCCCCUCGCCUGCCGUCGUGCAGAAGCAAUCUCAAACCCAAACCCACCGGCUAGACGAGGUAGCUCAACGUCAGUCGCCGCAAACUAGGGUGCCCCAAUACUCUUACGUUACAACGCCCACAGUGGUUCCGGAGAAGCCAGUUUCAGAGGAGUCCACCUCGCCCAACGUUACCGAGCUUACCACUUCUCAUCCCUCCCUAAGGGUGCAGAUGCCUCAGACACCCGCGCUUCCGGCGUUUGUGUCGGUCGUGCCGCAGCCGGUGAUACCGGCCAACAACACUGUUACCAGUCACCGUGCCUCAGUAUCACAGGCCGCGAUAACCGCCGCCAGCGGGUCGUCCGUGCCUCGCGAACGCUCGGAGAAGGAGAAGAUGAUUAGUUCUGAUCUAUAUUUUGCUGGUGCUCCCGAGCUGGUUCAGGAACGGGAGAGAUGUAAGGCUGCGUGCUGGCGCUUCAACAACGCUGCAACAAACCCUGACCUUGGCAUCUCCAAUACUGAAAGGGGAAGGUUGCUGCACCAGAUUUUACGACCAGGAAGGACGUGGGAGGCUACGCGGGUUAACAACGGUCUUGCGGGACCGGAGAUAUCUUACACUAGCGAUGCGGGCACGCCUAGCGAUAUCGUGGAUGUUCAUGUUGAUGCUCCAUUCAAUUGCAGCUAUGGUUACAACAUCAGCUUAGGGAGGGACGUUUUGAUCGAGGCUGGGUGCACGAUCUUGGAUAGUUGCUCCGUGAGUUUAUCAUUGAUUGGCGGGUAAAGGUGGAAACUAAUCCGUCCAGGUAACCAUCAAAGCACGGACCAUCCUCUCGCCGGAUGUGAGCAUCUAUUCAGCUACCCACCCAAUAGAUCCCCGGAAGCGGAACGGCUCCAAGGGCCCAGAGAUCGCGAAGCCAGUGGUAAUUGAGGAGGACUGCUGGUUAGGCGGAAAUGUCAUUGUCCUGUGUGUUCCCCGCAAAUGAUCCAAACGGCCAAUGGAGCGAAGCAAGAGAACUGACAGAGGUAGUGGCGGGAUUACAAUAGGCAAGGGGUCGGUCGUAGGUGCCGGAAGUGUGGUUACGAGGGUUCGUGUCUUAUCCUCCCUGAUACAUCUGCCCGUGCCUUAUGACUAACAACUGGCCAGGACGUUCCGCCUUAUACGGUGGUAGCCGGAAACCCUGCCCGAGUGAUACGUGGGAUAUAUCGCAAUGAUAGCACGGAUAUGUGAGGCUACUUCACGAAUACGGGAUGCUAUCAAAUAACUCGAGAAUUACAACUAUGUGGCUGGCAGCGAUCCUGCACUUUGUGCUCAAUGUUCUUGAUCGUGGAUCACGAGCCUGCCAGCAACCAAUCUCCCACCUGCUCAUAACAGUUCUGCGUCGAAGGGAGAUAGUGAGAGAAGCUUUUUUUUUUGUUCUCUUCUCUCUUUCCAAUACCAUGCUUUCUCAGCCUAAUUUCGCGUGUAUGGGACUUUAUUUCAUUGGUCGUCGGGAGGUUCUGCUUGUUUUCACUCCUGUUUCAUUUUGUCUGCUGGCUUGAUAUAGUAUUCUUCCUCCUUUUGUAUCUCUUUUUCCCGUUUACUAUUAGCAAUGCCGCUUCCAUUUUCUUUUCACUGUUGAAAAAGGCGUAGAUUUGAAUAUUGAGGGUCUUCAAUGAGGGUUAUGUAAGAAAUGACUAUUUUCUUCUCUUCUCUUCUCCUUUUUGUUUUAAUGGAGGCCUUUUUCUUCUUUCCAUUUUCCUGGGGUAGGAUAUAGUGGGAUUUCUCUCUGGGCGAUGGGGUGUGGUUGUAUUUCUUCAUUUUCAAUUUUUUUUUUUGAUUCACACUUUUAUGAUUGGUUGGUUCGUGGGGUGAAGAUUUGGCUGGUUGGCUCGGUGGGGUUGCUGGUUGGGAGUAUAUACAGCGGUUUGAAUUAUGGUUUCUUUCUUUUUCCUUCUCUCUUCACUUCCUAUGAUGCUUUUCGUUUUUUUUUUUUUUUUUGAUUUAGGUUUUUGUGCCUGCUUGCUUGUCUGGGGUUAGCUAUCACAUAUGACGUCUUUCCUCUCAUCUCUUCUUUCAUAUCUCCUCUCCUCCAUCCUGGAGAGGAGGGGGGUGGAUGGUCCCUUUCUUUCGUGAAUGCGCUAACGUGAAAUUUUGGUAUAUAGAGUGGGUAUGAUGUGAAUAUAAGAAUAUAAUCUGUCGUAAUACCCUGUACUAUUGACCUCCAACCCCCCUACUUGAUGAAUACCCUAAUACACCCGGACAGCCCCCUCUCUUAAUCACCGUCCUGCCCUCCGCGCAUCUAUAUUCGCGGGUAUUCGCAUUCCGACUCGGAUCUACGCGAUAGCCUGGGUAGAGCUGGAAUGCGGGCUAUGCGAUCGGGGCGAUAGCAUAGAUCUUUGCGUCCGGAUUGUGGAGCUUUUUUCGCACAGGAGGUCAGCCUGAGCUGGAGAGUCUCUAGUGGGAUUCGAGGCUAGGUCUUUGUUAAGUGUGAAGCAAUCGUCCAUGUCCGGCCUCGUGGGGCCGAGUUUGAAAGACUGGCUUGUGGCAAGGGUCGUGUCGGUGCUGUGGGGGGGGGUUGAGUGCGAGGAUGAUUCGUCGGAUCCGAUACUGGCUCUUCACCGCCCUUCUCACUCUCCGCUAUCGAUUAACUUUGCCUCAUGCUAUCUGCGUUCCCGCCGUGCAGCGCGUUAGGCCCGCUGCUCCCUUCGGAUGGUAUGACCCCGGAAUUUGGGAUGUUGAUGCACGCGUCCGAUCGUCGAGCUAAAGCGUUGGAUUGACGCCGUGUUUGACCGCCGC